UUUGCUUAAUUAAAGUAUAAGAUUGGAUUUGACGUAUUUGUGCUAAUAUAAGGUAACAUUGGCUAUACCUAAAAAAAGACAGUAAUUUUAAUAUAAAUAUAAUAAAAAAUAGCCAUGGGGAAAGUUGAAAAUUCACAAAAACAUAUGUAUUAUAUGCCUAUGCAAAACGUGAAUAUUGAGACCAGCAUAAAAUUACCAUUAAUUGGAAUUAGACACUGGCAGGUCCUUUUAUUAUUCAUCAUGAUUGUCACGGCGUUUGGCUUUAAUGUCAGCUUAUCUGUGACUAUUGUAGCUAUGACUGACCCAAAAGCUAGUCCCAAUAAAAAUGUUCCUACUUACAACUGGAAACAGAAAGGCUCAAUACUAUCUUCCUUCUUUUGGGGAUAUAUUUGGCCUCAAAUCCUUGCCGGUUACGUCGCCAACAGGUUUGGAGCAAAAUGGUUUUUGAUAGCUUCAAUGUUUUGUAAUUCUAUUUUAACUCUAUUUAUACCUCUCACUGCUGCAAGGUUUGGUUCGAUAGGAAUGUGCUUUAAUAGGACAUUACAAGGAUUUAGUCAAGGAUUUUUGUUUCCUUCCCUUACAAACCAACUAAGUAAAUGGGUACCUAAGGAGGAACGAAGUCGGCUCGGUGCAUUUGCUUUUGGUGGUAAGAAAUUUAGAAAUAUUUUAGCUGGCCCGUUUGGAACUGUAAUUUCUAUGUUGCUUUCGGGAAUAAUAUCAGCUAGUUGGUAUGGCUGGCCUCUAUUAUUUUACCUUUAUGGUGCAUUGGGACUAAUAUGGUGUAUACUAUUUAUUUUUUUUGGAUAUAAUUGCCCGGCUGAUCAUCCCUCUAUUUCCAGUGCUGAAAAAUGUUAUAUAGAAAAAAGUUUGGAGCAAAAGCCUUUAAAUAGACCGAAAAAAGUUCCGUGGGGAGCCAUAUUUACCUGUCCACCUGUAUGGGCUUUGUUCACUAUUCAGCUAGGAUAUCAUUAUAUUUUCUGGACAUUGCUUAGCCAGAUACCAAGUUACAUGGAUCACGUUAUGAAUUUUAAUAUUAAGAGCAACAGUGCUUUAUCAUCCUUACCUUAUCUGACUGCAUGGAUUCUAAGUUUUGUUUUUAGUAUAUUAUCAGAUACAAUUAUUAACAAAAAAUUAGUUACAGUUCAAACUGGUAGAAAAAUAUUUACUAGUAUUGGCUUACUGGUUCCAGCAUUAGCCCUUGUAGCUCUUGGGUUAACUACACCUGAACAACCAAUACAAGUAAUAGCUUUGUUAAUAGUUGCAGUAGGGGUUAUAUCAGCCAAUAUGUCUGGCUGGUCCUUAAACCAUAUGGAUUUAGCGCCAAAUCUUGCUGGAACUUUAAUGGGAUUGACUAAUGGAUUCUCACAUCUUUCUGCUAUACUAGCUCCUUUAAUUGUGCAAUACCUUGUGACGGAAGAGAGUAAUCCACAACAAUGGAAAAUCGUAUUCUUUUUAGCAUCAGCCGUGGCAACUUUUGCUGUAGUAAUAUAUGACAUUUUCGGAUCUGGAAAACAACAAAAAUGGGACCUCGAGGCAGUGACAAAUAUAAAAGACGGCGCGACAGCCUUAACCAAAGAGACACAAUUUUAAUUAAUUAACUUAAUUAUAACUAAACUAUUUCUAAAUAAAAAACUUUUAUCAUAAAAA